GAUUUACUUUCGUUUUCAGGCCGACAUUAGCUAAGUCGUUUAUGCAGUCGUUUUAUGGAUGCGCAUAUUCCUGUAUCAUUUCUUUCUCACUUCCUGAAUACAUUACAUCAAGACCACAACACGUAUUUUUAUUUAAAUUAGCAUUUUAACUAUUUAAGCACAACUUUCGGGUGCACAGAAAAACAGAAUCAGAAUAAUCGUUAUUCGUUAAGUAACAUAGGCCUACAUUUACAUAUAUCGAUGAAUUGUAGUUUAAAAGUGCUAGUGGUGGACAUAGGGACAAAAUACACAAAAUCUACUGAAAGUUGUCAUUACCAUAAUAUAAAGGAGCGAAGAGCAGGAGGUUCCCACCAAUGCUGGAGAGGAUGAAAGUGUCACCAUAGUGCCGCUAAUCUAUCCAGCUGCUGUCCAUCCUGAAAGUCUUCCGGGUUGGUUGCCUUGCCUCAGCCCCUGUUCGGUGUCUUGACUGGUGUUCGGUGAAAAGCUCUGCUUCACCAUGGCACAGUGGGCGCAGAUGAAACAGCUGAUUCCCUAUCUGCCAACGCAGGCGCUUAACGAGCUCUACCCAAACUCCUUCCCCAUGGACGUCAGGUGCUACCUGGCCAACUGGAUCGAGGAGCAGAGAUGGGAGGACUUUGAUCUAGAGAAGGUAGAGCAGGAGCCACAGGCCUUGUCUCUGUUGGACCAGAUCACUUCCUACCUGUUGAGCCUUGCCCAGCAGAACCCCAACGUGGUGGAGAGGAUGAGACUGCAGCACAUCUCCAGGAGCAUGAGCAUGAUGCGCUCGCAGCCCCUGAAGCUGGUGCUCACCGUGAGGGACGUUCUGAGGAAGGAGAGAGACCUUCUCAGUCGGACGUCCGCUCAGAUCCCGCCCCACUUCCCCCCGUCCCCAGCCCAGGAUCCCAUCUCUGUGGGCCCCUCCACCCGGGACGUGGACCUGCUGGUGCUCAAGGUGCUGGAGAUCCAGAACUGCAGACAGCAGAUCCACCAGCUGCAAGAGGAACUCAACUGGGAGAGGCAGAACUAUGAGUCAAUCCAGGGCUUUGGAACAGGCACUCUUCAGCAGGCCUCGACCAAUGGAAUGGACACCGGCAUCUCAGAGGUCACCAAACUGCAGAAUAACAUUAAACAGCAUGAGUACAAUGGCCAGGUCAUAGCCAAGAAGCGUGUUCAGUUGCUCCAGGAUGCUGUAUCUAGUCUGGAGAGUUGCCAGUCUCGUCUGAUCAGCCGAAUCAAAGCCUGGAGGUGGGAACAGCAUCAGGCUACCAUAGGACACCCCUUUGAUGACAACCUUAGCCCUAUGCAGACAUGGUGUGAGCAACUUCUUGGGGUGAAUGGGAAGUUGAGACAGGAAGUGAUGCUGGCCGGCGAGCCAAUCCCAGAGCUGCAAGACAGACUGGGACUUCUGCUGCAAACCCUAAUUCAGAGCUCUCUGGUGGUAGACAAGCAGCCUCCCCAGGUAAUUAAAACCCAGUCCAAGUUCUCUACCACCGUGCGCUACCUGCUGGGGGAGAAAGUGGCGCCGGGGAAACCAGUUCUCCUCAAGGCUCAGAUUAUCACUGAGGCCCAAGCAAGAAACCUUGGACAGCUAGGCAGCGUACCCAGUGAGAAUGUUGGAGAAUUAAUCAACAACACAGCUAUUUUGGAACACAACACCUCCAGCAAGAGCACCUGUGCCACUUUCAGGAACAUGUCUAUAAAGAAGAUAAAGAGAGCCGACAGGAAGGGGUCGGAGUCAGUGACCGAGGAGAAGUUUGCUCUCUACUUCACCACGGAGAUCAGUAUCACCGGUUGUGACAUCCCCUAUAGGAUACAGAUGAUCUCUGUACCUGUGGUGGUGAUAGUCCACGGCAGUCAGGAUAACAACGCCCUAGCGACCAUCAUCUGGGACUGUGCCUUCUCUGAACCAGACAGGAUUCCAUUUGUAGUUCCCGAGCGUGUGCCCUGGAAGCAAAUGUGCAUGACUCUAAACAGCAAGUUCAUGUCGGAGGUUGGGACACAGCGUUGCCUAGACAAUUACAACCAACAUUUCCUGGCCCAGAAGAUAUUUGACAAGCCAGACAUUGCUGGAGACUACAGCAACAUGCUGGUUUCCUGGGCACAGUUCAGCAAGGAGGUGCUUCCUGGACGACCUUUCACCUUCUGGCAGUGGUUUGAUGGCGUGAUAGAGCUUACCAAGAAGCACCUGAAGAGCUACUGGAGUGACGGGUUGAUUUUUGGUUUCAUCGGUAAGCAGCACCUCCACCUAAUUCUGAAGGACCGACCCAAUGGAACGUUCCUACUGCGCUUCAGUGACUCAGAGAUAGGAGGCAUCACCAUCGCUUAUGUGGCCCCCUCAGAGAAUGGGGGCCAGAAGAUCCAGAAUAUUCAGCCAUCCACUAAGAGAGACUUAGAGAUCCGUUCCCUUGGCGACCGUAUUCGAGACAUUGACUUCAUCACACACGUGUAUCCAGAUCUGCCGAAGAAUGAUGUGUUUCGGAAAUACUAUACAGAUAACCCACUGCCCAGUGGAACUGGGUACCUGGCCGUCUCCAUACAGACCAGGGUGGGAGUCAGGGAAUCCCACUGUGAAUCUCCUCAGCGCAGUGACACCCCACAGGACAACUGUCCUUUCUUUGCCAUGGACCAAGGGAAUACAUCGGCCACGUCACCAUUCUUCCCUGUCUCUCCGCAACAGACGUUCCCGUCUAGCAUCCAGCCGGUUCCGGUACCAAUGCCGGGGAUCUACACAGACCCGCUGCCCGACCCCAACAGACUCUUCUCUGGACUGGACAUGUCCCAGGGCUCAUCCACUGAGAUGGAACUAGAGCAUAUUCUGAACACUUUUGUCGAAAGGCCGGGUGAAGAUGUGUAGGGAGAAUAGGAGAAAGAACUGUGGGUGUGGAGUAGGGGAGGAGGAGGACAGCAGGAGUAGGGGAGGAGGAGGACAGCAGGAGUAGGGGAGGAGGAAGAGGAUCUCUCACAGGACAGCAGUACUAUACCACCUAAUCUAUCCUGUGUCGGAAUGUUCUCUUCACGGGACACAAAGAACAAUGGGGGAACUCUGUGGAGCAAUGUGGAUUUCUAAGGAACAAUCGGGAACUCUGUGGAACUAAUUGGAAUUAGUGGAGACGGGACAUUUGAGACACCAUCAUUCUAAGUGACGUCCACCCCACCCCAGUGGUUUACUAAGGACCACCAGAUCUGGGAACCAUGUAACAAAAGAAAAUCUAAAUGUCAACCCCUGCUCUUGGUUAUUACGUAGAUAUUAUAACAUUAUCAUUUUUAAAGCCAUUGCAGAAGCCAAAACGUUGACCGCACAUUAUGCAGGAUAAAUCAUUGUUUCCUGUUGUGGUGUUCCAUGGAGGUUGUGAGUCGGAUGGAUUUACACUAAGGGGGACGGGAAAACUACACCAAUCUGCAAACAAUUUACAGUGUAGCUGGUUUCCGAGACAACAGUCAGCGUAGUUGGCUGUUGGAUGUCACCUCAAGUAACGCAAACAGACCAGGAGCCGGGCUACCUACAAGUAACACAAACAGACCAGGAGCCGGGCUACCUACAAGUAACACAAAGAUCUGGAGCCAAGCUACCUACGGUAUGACACAAAGAACUAACUUUAUAGGCUUCCUCACAAGGAAAUGAACCAGAACACCACCACACUGUGACACUUGGCGUUCAAACCCUACUGUUUAGAGUAACCAUUGUUUCUUCUUAAAGUUGUCUUUCAAAAAAAUGCACAGCACACGCUGUUGGUAUUCAUAUGACAAAUAUAUGAUUGGAAACAGGUGGUGUUUCUUCUAUACAUCUGCGUAAUUAUCUUUUGAUAUGAUUGUGUACUAUGUAGUAGUUUAACGAUUCAUCAUUGUUUUUAUGUAAAAAUUAUAAAUUCAUAUCCUAGCAGACACCACAGAAUAAAUACUUUUUAUCCUGCUUGGGUCUUUGGGCUUGGGUUUUUUAAGUAUUUUUCUAUAUAAACAACUAGUUUUAAAAGGACAGUUUUGGGUUUUACCUAUUGGGGCUUUACCUAUUUCUGCGGAGACCGAUAAACUGUUGCCUAACUUGCGUUAGCAAAACAAAAUGGAAGUCUACUGGAACAGCAAUUUCCAGUAUUUAUGCUUUGCAAUACUUUAACUUUAAUGAAUGCUUAUGAAUAUGAAAUACUGAGUUACUUCAUACUGUAUGCAGAUUCAUUAAAUUGAAUUAAUUUACAUUCUGGGAAGUAGAUAAAAAUCCCAAACUGUCCCUUUAAAAUCAGUAAAAUAGAUAUGGUUGAUUUUUACAUUGCAUUGUAUACCGCCUAUCCCAUAACACUUAAAAUCACAAAAAGAUUGGUAUUCAAAACAUUAUUGGGUUUAUUCGGUUUGGGUAAAUACAAUAUUUUUGUUUUAUGACAAGUUUUCAACUUAUCACAGUAUAUGUAUCAUAUAAAACAACAUAUUGUUCUAAAAUAUACAAUACUGUUAUUUCUUUAUCAUUUGCACCAUUUAACCAACAGUGCUUAUGUUGUUAUAGACCCCAUUAUAUAUUUAAUAGACACCAUUAUGUAUUCACUUUUUUUCCUCAACUGUGAAAAGGAAUGUAUGAUAUAUCUGAUCAAUUUCUUUUAUUUCUUAUAUUUUUCUGUUUGUUGUGAUCAUGGAUGCAAACAUUAAGCAUGUGUGCAGUAUUAUUGGAAUUCUUCACCAGUCAUACUCUUUCUUAGUUCUACACUUAAUCAAAUCAAUAAAUGUUUUUCUGUAACUAUAAA